GGGACUUGUUUGGGGGGUGGUGGGCCGGGGUAUCGCGUCUCUCUGCUCGGCUUCUCGCUAUCUUGCUAGCACACGGUCUACGCCUGCCCGCAAACAGCAUGGAUCGGUCGCAGGAGGAGUGAAAACCACGAACACCGUCUCGGCAGCGGCUUGUGUUGGUAAAUACGAGUCAUUCAUUUACAGCUGUUGCCAUCGCUGCAGCGGGAAGACUGAUGAGCUUUGCUGGUAAACACAAGGCCUUUCACUUUGCAGAGCUGUCAGACCGACUGGCUACCUGUUUAGCUUCUGUCUGAAUCAUCAGUCGGAAACGGGGCGUUAGUGGUAUAUGUGAUUGCAGAUCAUGUGUUUUUAAGAUGAUGGAGCUAGCUUUAGCUACAGCUGCUUAUAACUUGACCCACUAUAGCUUCAUUACCACUGCCCCGUGCAAUCAGCAGACAUCCACCUGAAGUAAGUAGCCAUGGCUGAACAGGACAUCUGUCCCCAUUUGGACUGUAUUGGAGAGGUAACCAAAGACGACCUCCUUCAGAAAUCAAAGGGAACCUGCCAGUCAUGUGGCGCCGGGGGUCCGAACUUGUGGGCCUGUCUGCAGAACGACUGCCCCUAUGUUGGUUGUGGAGAGUCUUACUCCGAUCACAGCACCCUGCACGCACAGGCUAAGAAGCACAACCUGACUGUGAAUUUGACAACAUUCAGGAUCUGGUGUUAUGUGUGUGAGCGGGAGGUGUUCCUGGAGCACAGGCCUGCUCUGGUGCCUGUGCCUGCUGCUCCCCACCACUGUAAAGCCACAGAUCAGGAUGCAGCUCCUCAGCCAGCAGGUCACCCACUGAAAGCAGUCCCUAUUGCUGUGGCAGAAGAAGAAGGUUCAGAGUCAGAGGAGGAUGAGCUUAAACCCAGAGGCUUGACAGGAAUGAAAAAUAUCGGAAACUCUUGCUACAUGAACGCGGCCCUUCAAGCCUUGUCCAACUGUCCUCCUCUGACUCAGUUCUUUCUGGACUGCAGUGGAUUGGUCCGCACAGAUAAAAAGCCUGCUCUGUGUAAGAGCUACCAGAAACUAAUCUCCGAACUCUGGCAUAAAAAACGACCGAGCUAUGUUGUCCCUACCAGUCUGUCUCAUGGCAUCAAACUAGUAAACCCCAUGUUUCGUGGUUACGCUCAGCAGGACACUCAGGAGUUCCUGCGCUGUCUGAUGGACCAGCUGCAUGAGGAGCUGAAGGAGCCUCUGACAGACUGCAGCAUGAGCAGCGAGGGAAGUGACGUGGAAGAGAGACGAGAUGGCGACCGCUCCCCGUCUGAGGACGAGUUUCUGUCCUGUGACUCUGGCUCAAGCAGUGACCGGGGCGAGGGAGGGGGCGCAGGUGACGGUGAGCUGCUCAUGCAGGAGGAGUGCGACGGAGUGCGGUCACCUGCAGUGCGGCCGGUGGCCGUCAGUCCUGGCGGGGUGAUCUCAGAGAAGGAGAGGCUGAAGGAAAGAAGGGUGUCCGGCUCACCGCUCCGUGGAGGCUCUCAGGAGAUGGAUGAAGAUGCUGAUGUGGAUACAGCUGCUGAGGAGGAAGCUCCUGAACGGGGAGAAGAAGAGGAAGAGGUAACACCAGCUUUAAACAGUGAGGUCCAAAACCCGGAGAACAAUCAGACACCCAACGCUGGGCAGAGCCAGAGCAGCAACACCUCAGAGCCAGACAAUGAAGCAUCAAUGACCCAGUCCCAGUCCACACCCUGUAGUCCCGUCAGAACCCUUCAGGAGCUGCAUCCCAAGCUGUCCUCCAGUCCGCCUCGCUCUAGCCCGCUUCGUUCCGCAGGGCCGGCAUAUUCCUUCAAAAAAGCUCAGCUGCUGCUCAGCGCCAGGAAGAAGAAGCAGUCUCACUAUCGUAGCGUGAUCUCCGACAUCUUCGAUGGCUCCAUCCUCAGUCUGGUCCAGUGUUUAACCUGUGACAGGGUCUCUACCACAGUGGAAACAUUUCAAGACUUGUCCCUCCCUAUUCCUGGUAAAGAGGACUUGGCUAAGCUUCACUCCUCCAUCCAUCAGAACCUUCCAGUCAAGACAGGCGUGUGUCCCGACACUUACGGCUCACAGGGCUGGAUCUCCUACAUUAUGGACUCCAUACGUCGGUUCGUAGUAUCGUGCAUCCCCAGUUGGUUUUGGGGGCCCAUGGUUACAUUGGAGGACUGUCUUGCUGCCUUCUUUGCUGCAGAUGAACUCAAAGGCGACAACAUGUAUAGCUGCGAAAGAUGUAAAAAGUUAAGAAAUGGUGUCAAAUACUGCAAAGUGCUUCGACUUCCUGAGAUUCUGUGCAUUCACCUGAAACGGUUCCGCCACGAAGUCAUGUAUUCGUUCAAGAUCAGCAGUCACGUGUCCUUCCCGUUGGAGGGCCUGGACAUGCGGCCUUUCCUCGCCAAAGAGAGUCCGUCCCAAGUCACCACGUACGAUCUGCUCUCAGUCAUAUGUCACCACGGAACGGCAGGAAGUGGACACUACAUAGCUUACUGUCAGAAUGUGAUCAACGGCCAAUGGUAUGAGUUUGAUGACCAGUAUGUCACAGAAGUGCAUGAGACAGUGGUGCAGAAUGCAGAGGCCUAUGUCUUAUUCUACAGGAAAAGUAGUGAAGAGUCGGUGAGGGAGAGGCAGAAGGUGGUGGCUCUGGCCAACAUGAAAGAACCCAGCCUGCUGCAGUUCUACAUCUCCAGAGAAUGGCUGAACAAGUUCAACACCUUCGCGGAGCCAGGCCCCAUCAGCAAUCACACGUUUCUUUGUCAGCACGGAGGGAUUCCUCCAAACAAAUACCACUACAUAGACGACCUGGUGGUGAUUGUUCCUCAGAAUGUUUGGGAGUACCUUUACAACAGCUUUGGAGGUGGGCCUGCUGUCAACCACCUGUACAUGUGUGCCAUCUGCCAGGUCGAAAUCGAAGCUUUAGCUAAGCGCAGGAAAAUGGAAAUAGACACCUUCAUCAAGCUGAACAAAGAGUUCCAGGCUGAGGAGGCGCCCACUGUGAUCCUGUGUAUCAGCAUGCAGUGGUUUAGAGAGUGGGAGGGCUUCGUGAAGGGCAAGGACAACGAGCCCCCCGGAUCCAUAGACAACAGCAAGAUUGGUGUUAUGAAAGGAGGACACAUACAACUGAAGCAAGGUGCAGACUAUGGUCAGAUCUCAGAGGAGACGUGGCAGUAUUUGUUGGGCAUCUAUGGCGGAGGCCCUGAGAUCGCGGUGAGACAGACCGUGGCCCCUGCGGACCCGGACAGCCUUCACGGAGAGAGGAAAAUCGAGGCAGAAACCAGAGCGCUUUGAGAUAGAGAGAGGUCUCCUGAUUCCCUCUUUUCAGACCCGACCUCACAUGAAGCUGAGGAUUUCGCACGUUGGUGAAGAAGCCUCUCUGUGAGCACUCUGUAAAUGUAGCGACACAUUUUUCUGAAGCUGUGUUGCAGGAGAUCAAGACGGUACAGAAAUAUCUUUCUGUUUAUUUAUUGGAUAACUCUGAUCCGCCGUGUUAAGGUAUAAAAAAGCAAGCUGUCGCGUCACAUGGGAGCUGUUUUUGUUAGCUAUGCCGUCUCAUUGGCUGUUCUAGUGACUAGUGACUACUGCUGUGUGACGGCUGCUGGUGUCACAAACCAGAAGGCUGAGCUACAGCACGUUGGCUUUGAGGAGUCUGCUUCUUUGAAAGCAACAGCCAAGAGACAUUAAGGUUUCCAAUGUUUGCCUGUUUACUAGUUACUUAGAAACUAAUUCAGACUUAAAUACACAGUACACCAGGCCCUCAGGAAAUGGAAGGAUUUUAUUUAAGGUAGUAAACUGAUCAAGUUUCUAGUUCAAGGAACUAGAAAACUAGAAAACUACAACAGGUUUGUUUUGAAACUAAAUAAUGUGCAUGUGUGGAUUCUCAUGGUUGUUUGCAUUUAGAAAGCUUUAAAUGCAUGCAGCUGCAGCUUCUCUGCUGGACCAGAAUGAAUUCCUUUGUGCUUAUUUAUUAUUUUCUCAAAAUUAAUGAACUAUUGAGUCACUUUAGAAUACUUCUCCACAGGUGAUAACUACACAAAUGGCAACAGAGAUGUAUAGAUAUGUAUACAACAAAUAGAGUAACUGUAAUUUUCUUAAAAAAAGACAAAGACAAUGUAAUUUAGGCCACGUAGAGAAGGAGGAUGUUGUAUCAGUGCAAUAAUGUUUCAAAUGACGACACAAGAGUGUAAACGAUGUCUGCUUUAGUUUUUGUUUUUUAGAAGGAAUACCCCAAAUUUGAUACCUAUUCAAGUCAAAGAGCAGCAAAGCUGCAAAGCAAUUAAAAAUGCAUAAUUAGAAAUAAACUACAUAAUAGCACAACAUGCAUAACAACAACCCUUCCCUCAUUGUAAAUGAAGUAGGAUUUCUGUUUAUGCGUUAUUUUAGAAUGUGUUUUAAACAUUAGGUCUUACAAAAUCACAAAACAAAACAAAAUCACAACAAAGCAUCUGAAGCCGUAGGUUGUACCCCCCCACCACACACACACACACACACACACACACACACACACACACACACACACACACACACACACACACACACACACACACACACACACACACACACACACACACACACACACACUCACACACACACACACACCCUGAUCACUUAUCACCUGUGUGAAAAUAGCUUAGAUCAUAUCUUGUAUUAUCUUUCCUUUCUUUCUCCUCUAAUGACAAUGGCCAUGGUAAAACCUUCAGUCGCCCCAUUCAGAGGUACUUACAGCCUUAUCUAUCAUUUGUCACAUACGCAGUACGUAAGUAAAGUAAAUCAACUGGGAGAGUAAUGUUGGAAAACAAAUCAGUUAUGUGAGACGUAAAAGGAACAUCGGCACUGAGAUGGGCCUGAUCUCAGAAUUCAUUCCUUUGAAAAAAUAAAACUAUUUUUCUAGGAGGGCAGUUGUUUUACACAGCGGAAACAGAUUAGUUAAAUCCAACAAGCUCCACCAGCAGAUGCACCUAAAGCGCUGAUACGUUGCUGCUCACUUUAAUCCAUAGGAAAGAAGCGUAACAAGGACAAGUUGGGGCCAGUUUUUGCUGCAGCUCCAUGUGCAACUACUGUAGGUUACAGACAGACAGCUCAGCUGUUCAAACUAGUCAUUGAAACAUACAAGAAUUAAUUACUCAUUUAAAUGAGGCUGGACCCAAAGGUAGAGAGUCAGAGUGUAAACACCAGGAAACCAAUUUCAUUGAAUAAGGUGCAACUAAUAACACCUUCAAACAAAAGCAGUAACUGAAAAGUCGGGAAAAAUCAGUCAACAAUAGCAGCUUCCUGCAAAGCACCAUGGGAACACACAAUCCUGUCUUCAAAUAAGAGUGGAUCCAACAGUCUCCUCAGUAUCAGAUCAUGAAAUAAUGCUGUAGAGCAGGAAGAUGUCUGAACAACCUUGUCACUAAACUCACAUGUUCUCGGUUCAACUAUGGUCAGCAACAUGGAACAAACAGACAAUCUGUUAAAGGGGAGAGUGGAUGAGAGGGAGCAAGGGGUCAAAACAGGAAGUGGGCGUGUUCGGAUGUGAAGGGUGUGGUCGGAAGUGAUGGGCGUGGCCUGAGCAGAGCAGCAGGGCAGAGCAAGCCAGGCAUCGUGAUGACAACCACAUCCCAAUCUUCUUCUAGACACCCUGAGUCACAAACAGCUGCGACUCCAGGGGAAGCCAGACACACGUCUGAUGGAUAAGCGUUAAUCUGUGACUGUCUAGCAGAAGGUGUUUCCACUGUCAACAUCCUUUUAUGGUUUUUCCAGGAAGGCGUUCAAAGACACCAACCCGUCCUCCCUCCGGGCUUUUCACCACAGAUAUGUAGUCUUGUCUUAGCGGAAAAGAGCCAGGUGUGACUAACACCGACAAUAAGCUCUGGAUUGAAUUAAAAGCCUCAGUAAUUGUUUUUUUCACCACAUCUCUUUUUGGCCUCUGCCCAAGACUAACUGCUAGAAAGGAGUCAGCGUGACAACAGAUGGGUUUAAACUUAAAAACCAUGUCAGGUGGCAAAUCUCUAAAGCGGCCUCAUUGUUAAAUUGUCUUAAUUAGACACGUUACAGAGACAAAUACAUACACGGUGGUCUAGUUUGUGUUAAUGUCACUGUUAAGGCUCACAUACACAGAUAUUGUGGAAUGAAUCUAUAUCUGGAGAUAUAAAUUAUAUCAAGUGGGAGCAGGCAUCUUUAAAGCGUUUGCUUUCCCACGUCUUUUAAUGUUAUUCCAGACAGACUUCGUUGGUCCAAGGAUGUCCAUCUGUUCAGUGGAGACAGUUUAUUUGUCUUAAAAAAACAUAGCUGUGUGAGUUUUUCCCUGUUGCACAAGUUCAGAUUGUAUCUACAAGAGAUGAUGUUGCUGCUGUGAAUGUGUCUUUCGAUACUUCUUGGGGGAGUAAGUGCAAUAAAAAAAGACUUCAUCAUUCGAGAGCCGGGUCAGAUUUCGGGCCCAUGCAGGUUUGCACUCUGAACUCUGGGCCGGUGCAGCCGAUGAUAUGCUGCAGUGACAUCUUGACUGGUUGUUACUGUGUGUGAGUGUGUUUGCUGGUGACAUCACUGUGGCAGCACAGCAGGAAGGCAGGGACUCACAUUUCCAUAGAUUUCCUAGUGUGUGGCUGUUGUGCUAUGAUAAUGGUGAUUGUUUGAUUAAGUGGGACUUAAGUCUUUACCUUAAUUCAGUGACAUGUCUUAAUGUCUGCUUAACUGCUGUAAUUACUCAUGACUAGUUAAAUUAUUAAAAUGUCUCUGUCUUUGA